UACCGAUUUGUCAUAAAGUGUUUAUUAUUGAUUCCAACAGAGAAAACAUCCCGGUAGAAUAAAAUGGUUUGUGAAAAAUGUCAGAAAAAGCUGGGAAAAGUAAUUACUCCAGAUCCAUGGAAAUCUGGUGCAAGAAAUACAACAGAAGGAGGGGGACGAACAGUGGGAGAAAACAAAGCCUUGACAGCUAAGAAAAAUAGAUUUGCGCCGUACUCCACUUUUGCGAAAUGUAGAAUAUGUAAGUCGUCAGUACACCAGGUUGGAUCUCAUUACUGUCAAGGUUGUGCAUACAAAAAAGGAAUCUGUGCCAUGUGUGGGAAGAAAGUCAUUGAAACAAAAAACUAUCGACAAACAUCAGUCUGAUUCUUUGCGCUCCUGUGAUCGAGUUGAAAAUAUGUACCCGCGUCUUACCACUGUCAUGAUGGUCCUUAACAUAGGAUGUAAAUGUUUGAUGUGUAAAAAAAGAUCAGUCUACUGAUAUCAGUUUAUUGUAUGCUAUUUAACAGCAUAUUGUUCCACCAGUAAUCUACUCAUUUCAUUAUGGAAAUGUUGGAUGCAUUCAGUGAUCAUUAUUGUGAAAAGUCUGUCUGUAGGCUUUCGGUUUUAACAUUUAACAAUGUUUCAACAAUGUUUUUUUGUACUUCUGCUUCACAACGCACAGUAGAAUUCUCAACAACAUUUGCCUAAAGCCGUGAAGGAAAUGGUUUACGUGUAACUGUAUUCCCUGAUUGGAUAGUUCUUUAGCAUGAUAGAAUUUCUGAAAGUCUUUAACUUAUUAAUGAGUUGAAGGUGGAGCUUUUGGAUAUCAUUCACAUACCUAAAAGGACUGCAAAAAUUCCAGAAUCUGAGUGAGAUUUGGUGAGACUUGUUGGAGAAGUUAAUUAUCCUUCAAGGGGACAAGAUUUGAUGCAAACAUCCGAAAUGUGGCUUCAGUACUCUUUGACUGAACGAAAUAUAUUUCAGUUUGUCUCAGGUGACAUGGCAGUUUCUUUAGGUGAGCCUUAAUAUAUAAAUACCCAGUUUGGAGAAAUUUGAAGCCCUUUUUCCCCCCAAUGGACAUAAACUGAAGUCUUUCCCUUUGCAAAUAAAGUCAGACUGGUUCACUUGUUAAAGCAUGUUAAAUGUCAGCAAUACAAGAUUAGUGCUUGUUUUGAACUGUGAAUUUUGAUUGCUUUUAGCCAUUUUAAAGUUUCUUCUGCUAUUUGCAGUGUAUUUGACUGGUGAAGUUACAAAUUUGUGGUAGUUUUCAGUAGGGCGUUAAAAAACAAUCAAGUCAAUGAAAAAAAAUUACAAGUUUCUUGAGGUAAUUUGGCAUGAAGAAUAGGCUUUGUCAAAUGAAAAAAAUAGUGCCAAGACAAGUGUAUUAAUAGUAAGAAAACAUAUAGAUCUGAUGCUAGCUGAGGCUAGACAUUUUCAGCCUUGCAUUAUGAAUACCUGUGCCCCAGUCAUACAAGUAGGCCUACAGAUACACAGAACAUAACUGUGCUUUGUGUGUUUUGUGGAAAAACUAAGAUCGUUAUGUCAUUGUAUAUCUGUUACUUAUGAGAAUAAAACCAAACAUACUAAA